UCACAUUCAAUAACCUUCACGCAUACUUUAUUUUUUUUUUAGAGAAAAAGAAACAAACUCUUUUUCUUUCUCUUCUCAAAAAACUUGGAUUAAUUUUCAUUAUUUUCAUCAAAUAUGGGAAAUAGUUUAAGGUGUUGUUUAGCUUGUGUACUUCCUUGUGGUGCAUUAGAUUUAAUUCGUAUUGUACACUUAAAUGGUCAUGUUGAAGAAAUUACAAGUCCAAUAACGGCCUAUGAAGCUCUCAAGAAUUACCCUAACCAUGUCUUGAGUAAGCCAUGCUCUCAAGGUACAAUGGCUCGUCGCAUUCUGAUCUUGUCGCCGAACUCAGAGCUCAAAAGGGGUAGUAUAUACUUCUUGAUUCCAGCAUCUUCAGUACCAUCAGAAAAAAAAAAGUUUGGCACUAACACGUCAAUCAAGAAAUCCUCUAAAGUUGGUAUAAAAAAUAUAAGUACUAAUAACAAGAAAUGUCACGUCAGCAUCCCUGAUGAUCGCGAUCAUGAUUUGACCGAUAGUGCAACACCAAAGUUGAAGAAGUCAACAUCUCAUCGGAGGAAUACGAGUGGUAAGGUUGUUGUAUGGAGGCCUCAUCUCGAGAGUAUUUCUGAAAACUAAGUUUGUUUGGUACGACAGAAGUCUUUUUUUGUUUUUGGUUUACCCUUAGGAAGGGUGAUUUUCUUUUUUCCUUUUUAUCCUUUUUUUAAAAUUUGUGUAUAUCUUUUUUUUAAUGUUUAUUUAUUUUCCAUCUGCAUGUAAUAGUAAGCAGAUUUGGAUUGAAAGGGAUGUAUAGCCCAAAGAAAUUUAUGAGAGAGAGAUUGGAGAGUGAUUUUGAAAAUUGUACUCAAAAGAGGAAAAAUAUCUCUUUGUUUUUUCCUCUUUCUUGUAAAUUUUUGGGGCUUUAAUAUGAACUUUUAAUGUUAUACAAGAGUUUCCUACUUCCAA